AAAGGCCGCCGAGCCAAAAUGACAGCUCUCUCCUCUUGUCUCUGUGGGAAGUCGACACAGCUGGUUGAUUUUUGGACACUUCAAAAUGGAAAGGAAUACAACAUUAUUCAGAUAUUUGCAUGGAAUGUAAAGACUAUAUAUAUAGUUUCUGAAAUAUGAAUGUUUUUGUUGUAGUAUGCGGUUAAUGUCUUCAUGUAAUUUGAGUUGACAGUGUCUGUUUAGGUAGCUUGUUAGGUGUUUUUGUUGUCUAUAAGCUAUCAGCAAGCUAACUGUUAGCUACACGUUAGCUUUUACGAGAAGGCCAGACUUGUCUUUAUUUUCUGUCAUAAUUCACAUGAACUAGUUAGCUACCCCUUUUACACAGGGAAUAAAUUAGCUAAACAUACCGUCGUGUUUGCUCUGUUUUUUUUUGUUUAUUUUCAAACUCUUGAUUCUCUCUUAAGUGAUCGCAUUUAUUUUUUUUGGACAGUGAGGACGCAAGUAACGUUUUUUGUUUGUAUUACUGUUUACUAGUCUUAGUUUCCUACCUUGUGGCUCUCGGACACUUUGUUGAUCUUUAUUUUAUGUAUUGAAGUAUCUGGUCAAAGUGAUUCUUUCCCCACCAUGUUUCUGCAAGGCGGUGUGUUGCUUUGGGCCAGUUUCUACGGUACAAAACUCUAAAAAAAACAAACAAACAAGUGAUUUCAGUCCAUUUGACAACUCACAAUCAGCAUGUUUUUUUGUUCUUCCCCCUCCGACGCGUUAGAUAUUAACAUUUAGUUACAUUAAAAACUCAGCGACUUCCAUUGAACUUGCUCUGUGUCAUUUUGGACAGCUUGUUGUAUUGAGUUCCCCUCUACAUAUGAUCAGUUUAGUGUCUGGGGACAUCGAGUGAACCCGUCUGUGUCCCUUUUCGUUUCCACCAUGUCUUGUGUACAUUAUAAAUUCUCAUCUAAACUCAACUACGACACGGUCACUUUCGAUGGCCUGAACAUCACUCUGGCCGACCUGAAAAGACAGAUUAUGGGUCGAGAGAGACUCAAAGCUGUCGACUGCGGCCUACAAAUCACCAACGCACAAACUAAAGAAGAAUACAAAGACGACGAGGCCCUGAUAUCCAAGAACUCCUCUGUCAUCAUCAGAAGAAUACCCAUCGGAGGAGUCAAGGCAACAAGCAAGAUGUUUAACAUUGAUCGUUUUUCAGAACAGAAUCACUUCCCCGUUCAGAACCUCCCUGUUGGAUCCUCUAAAGGAGAUCGUUCUUCAGAACACGGUCACUUUUCCGUCGGAUCCUCUAAAGGAGAUCGUUCUUCAGAACACGGUCACUUUUCCGUCGGAUCCUCUAAAGGAGAUCGUUCUUCAGAACACGGUCACUUUUCCGUCGGAUCCUCUAAAGGAAUUGCUGAUCAUGCUUCAUCUAUAUCACUGGCCCAACUCUCAAAGACGGCGAACCUGGCGGAGGCCAACGCAUCGGAGGACGACAAGAUCAGAGCCAUGAUGUCACAGUCCAAUCACGACUACGACCCCAUACAUUAUGUGAAGAAGUUGACCGGUCCCCCUCCAGCCAACUACACCUGUUAUCGCUGUGGCAAGAACGGACAUCACAUCAGGAACUGUCCUACUAACGGGCAGGAGAAAGGGUUUGAGCCGCCCCAGAGGAUCAAGAAGAGCACCGGCAUCCCCCGUUCCUUCAUGAAGGAAGUGGACGACCCGUCUAUAAAGGGAGCCAUGUUGACCAACACGGGCCACUACGCCAUCCCUACGAUAGACGCUGAGGCCUACGCUUUAGGUAAGAAGGAGAGGCCCCCGUUCGUCCCCAGGGACCAGUCCAGUUCCGAGGAGGACGAGGAUCCAGUCCCCGAUGAGCUGCUCUGUCUGCUCUGUAAAGACCUGAUGACUGACGCUGUGGUCAUCCCCUGCUGUGGCAACUCCUACUGCGACGACUGUAUCCGUACGUCUCUGCUGGAGUCAGAGGAACAUGUGUGUCCCACCUGUAGCCAAUCGAAUGUCUCCCCUGACGCGCUCAUAGCCAAUAAGUUCCUGCGCCAGGCGGUAAACAACUUUAAGAAUGAGACCGGUUACACCAAACGCAUGAUGACGAGAGGAGCCCAGCCCGCCGUCGUCCCUACCCCUCCUCUUCAGCCUCAGUCCCGCCCUCAGUGCCCGCUCCAGCCUAUCAGGAGCCAGCAGGACCCUCUCAUGCCCCGCCCUCCAGCCUUAGACACGCCACCAUUGGCUCAGCAGCAGGUUGGCCCGCCCCUCAGAGUCGGGAACCAUAACUCCUCCCACAUGGCUGCUGGCUCCUCCUAUAACUCAACGGGCCCCUCCCCCCAGCACCCAACCAAUCACAACAACACGCUUAUGCUAAAAGAGCCAGAGAGUGGAGGAGUUCAGUCUGUGGUGGUCUCAGCCGACCCCCCUCUCGCCCCCAUGACCAAGGAAUACCAUGUUCCAGUGAUGAGCCAACCCCAGUCUGACGGUCACUCCCUGCAGAGGACAGGUCCUCCUCCCAGACUUUCUGAAGGACCAUCCCAUUGGGACAGGUACAGCCCCUCUGGUCGUGGGAGGAACCAUAGCGACCGCGCCCCUCCCUCCCAGCCUCCGCCCACCAACGUGCCACCCCUUCUCUACAACCCUCCCUCCAUUUUCUCCUCUCCUCUUCCCCAUCCCCCAGGUGUCAUACCCCCCCACUACCCCCCUCCCCACUUCCCCCCGGGGCAACAGCCCCCCUCCAGCUACUCCCUGCCCCCUCCUGGCUACCCCCCUACCCCAGGAGUCACCAACCCCCCCUGGGCGCCCCCCAACACCCAGCCCCCCCUCAUCGGGAAGCCAAUCCCCUCCUCUUCCUUCCUGUCCAAGGAUGAGUUCUACAGACAACAGAAGAGGCUAAAGGAUAACUCCGACUGUCGCUACGGUAACCGGGAAAAGUCCAAGCUGGAUGAGUUCACCAACGACUUUGCCAAGGAGCUGCUGGAGUACAGAAAGAUCCAGAAGGAGAGACGACGCUCUUAUUCCAGGUCUAGGUCGUCCUACAGUAGCUCAUCCUACUCCAAAUCCCGUUCCCGUUCUCGUUCGUACUCCCGUUCCUCCAGUCGAUCCAGAUCCCGUUCCAGAUCCCAUUCCAGGUCUUACUCCCGCUCCUCUCCAUACUCCCGCCGCCACGGACGACCUCGCGGCUACCGCUCCCGUUCCCGUGGCUACCGCCGAUCACGCUCUCCGCCGCCUUUCAGGGACGGUGGAGGGGCGGGACGGGGGAGAGGACGGGGACGAGGUUACCGGUCACGCUCUAGAUCACCUGGCCAAGGGGGGUACCGGUCCCACACUCCUCCACCCCCAAGCUCCCGCAAGCCUGCCGCUGCUGGACCGCCACCGGAGGGUGAGAGGAAGUACCCGGGCCGGACCCGGGAGAGGGAUCGGGAGCCGGCGGUGUACGACCGGGGUCCAGAGCACAAAGACCCGUACGAGAGGGAGAGGUACCGGGCGUGGGAGAAGGAGUACAGGGAAUGGUAUGAGAAAUACUUUAAAAACUACAACUCCCACAACCCUCCUCCCAAUAACCCCCCCGCCUACAGGGGCCGACCCCCACUUGGUUUCGCCCCCGCCCCUGUGACACCCCCAGCCGGACGAGACAGAGACCCCUACAACCCUCCUCCACCCUCGGACUUCUACCCCUCCCCCCGACACCGCCUGGACCGUGGAUCCUCCCCCUUCAGUCGAGGGAGGAGGCGAGGUGAGGGCUUUCCACCUCCCCCCUCACACCCCUCCCCCAGGGGCAGGAACCAGCCAAUGACUUACCAGGAGAAGUGUGCUGAGCAGUUUGGAACUCUGCCGCUGUCCCGGUCAGCCAAUCAGGAUCAUCAGACGCCACUGAAGGUCGCAAAGGGUGACAGAGAUCCGUCGUCGAGCGUCGCCUCUCCCGCGGUCACUGUGACCUCCGACCUGAAAGAGCAGAAGCACAGGAAGAGGAAGAAGAGGAAGACUGAGCAGGGGAGAGGGGGAGGGGAGUCCUUCAGUGCUUCUGACUCUACGGACGACGCUCGAAAAGAAGAAAAGGAGGAGAAGAAGAAGAGAACCGGGAGUUCUCCCGUUGGUUCGUCAAGCCAUGACGACUCCACCCCAGUACGGGACGAGCCAAUAGACAGCGACGCCUCAGACUCAGUCCCGGACAAAGCUGAUAGGUGGACCAGGGACAGUAAGGAGGAGGAAGUGAGGAGAAAGAGUGACAGAGUUUAUAAACGCGGACCGGACUCCAGUGUAGCGAGGAAAGACUCAUCGUCCAAGACCUGGAAGACCGUUAGAGAGACAGACCGGAACCAGACCGGUACAGCCGGUUUAGCCUACCAGAAGAUGUCUCUAACAGAACCGUCAGCCAAACGGGUCAAAGAUGAAUCUAUUCCCUUCCAACCAGACUCUUGCACCUCCCCCCAGAGAGAAAUGGAACUCCAACACCCUGCACCCCGAGCAUCAGCUCCCAAACUACCUCUUCCUAAUCCCCAUGCAUAUCAGCUCGACACAGCUAGAAUCAACCCAGACCUAUUCAAACCGGUUAGAACCGACCCAGACCAGUUUAAACCUGUCAGAACUGACCCAGACCAGUUUAAACCUGUCAGAACCGACCCAGACCAGUUUAAACCUGUCAGAACCGACCCAGACCAGUUCAACACAGUUAGAACCGACCCAGACCAGUUUAAACUGGUUAUAACCGGCCCGGAUCAUUUUAAACCGUUCAGAACCGACCUGGACCAUUCCAGACCAGCCAAGGAGGAGCAGAGAGGGAAGAGAGAUCCAGGGUUUCGGCAGGACAGGGGCUCAGGGAGAGAGGACAAGCCCAGGAGAGAGGCUGACAUCAGGGUGGGUAGAGAACAGGAGAGAGACCCUGCCAAAGCUCCAGACACCAAGUCUGAGAAGAAGAGGAGGAGGAGGAAGGAGGAGGAGGAGGAGGAGAAGAAGACGAGAAAGGAGGAGAGGAGUGUGUCUGAUAAGGAGAUGGAGGUGCCCCGAAUCAAGUCUCCCGGAGUGGAGCUCACCGAGACCGUAAAACCCUGCAACCUCAAAUGUGACGUAGAGGAGGAGAGGGCUUCCGUAAGGCCUCUGAUGGAGAGUGGGAUGGCAGGAGGACAACCCCAGAGGAAGAUUAAGACCAACAGAGAAGAAGGGAGGAGGACCGGCAAGCUUGCGGGCGUGGCCGGAACAGAGGCAGCCAAUCAGAGCAGCUAUAUGAAGGGAAGCGUAGAGAGGAGCAAAGCCAAGAGGAACCGGAAGGUCCUAGCGUCCGAAGGACCGGGAACCACAGUGGACGACACCAGUCCCCCAGGGGGCAGUAGUCCUGUGUGUGGCGAUGGAUCAGAGGGCAGAGCAGAGCAGACGAAGACUGUCGUUAAAACACUGGAGGAAUACACCAAUGACAGCUCGGCACCUGCUGACGGACACAUAGUACUCAUACAGGUCAGAGACACACAGCUCUACACCUGUUAGACUAGAUGGUACUCAUACAGGUCAGAGACACACAGCUCUACACCUGUUAGACUAGAUAGUACUCAUACAGGUCAGAGACACACAGCUCUACACCUGUUAGACUAGAUAGUACUCAUACAGGUCAGAGACACACAGCUCUACACAUGUUAGACUAGAUAGUACUCAUACAGGUCGGAGACACACAGCUCUACACCUGUUAGACUAGAUAGUACUCAUACAGGUCGGAGACACACAGCUCUACACCUGUUAGACUAGAUAGUACUCAUACAGGUCGGAGACACACAGCUCUACACCUGUUAGACUAGAUAGUACUCAUACAGGUUGGAGACACACAGCUCUACACCUGUUAGACUAGAUAGUACUCAUACAGGUCGGAGACACACAGCUCUACACCUGUUAGACUAGACAGUACUCAUACAGGAGACACACGGCUCUACACCUGUUAGACUAGAUAGAACUCAUACAGGUCAGAGACACACAGCUCUACACCUGUUAGACUAGAUGGUACUCAUACAGGAGACACACAGCUCUACACCUGUUAGACUAGAUAGUACUCAUACAGGAGACACACGGCUCUACACCUGUUAGACUAGAUAGUACUCAUACAGGAGACACAGCUCUACACCUGUUAGACUAGAUAGUACUCAUACAGGUCAGAGACACACAGCUCUACACCUGUUAGACUAGAUAGUACUCAUACAGGUCAGAGACACACAGCUCUACACCUGUUAGAUUAGAUAGUACUCAUACAGGAGACACAGCUCUACACCUGUUAGACUAGAUAGUACUCAUACAGGUCAGAGACACACAGCUCUACACCUGUUAGACUAGAUAGUACUCAUACAGGUCAGAGACACACAGCUCUACACCUGUUAGAUUAGAUAGUACUCAUACAGGAGACACAGCUCUACACCUGUUAGACUAGAUAGUACUCAUACAGGUCAGAGACACACAGCUCUACACCUGUUAGACUAGAUAGCACUCAUACAGGUCAGAGACACACAGCUCUACACCUGUUAGACUAGAUGGUACUCAUACAGGAGACACACAGCUCUACACCUGUUAGACUAGAUAGUACUCAUACAGGUCAGGCACACAGCUCUACACCUGUUAGACUAGAUGGUACUCAUACAGGUCAGAG